AUGGCGGGGAAGGCGGCCGCCCCGGGCGCCGCGGUGCUGCUGGUCACGGCCAACGUGGGCUCGCUCUUCGACGACCCCGACAACCUGCAGAAGAACUGGCUGCGGGAGUUCUACCAGGUGGUCCACACGCACAAGCCCCACUUCGUGGCCCUGCACUGCCAGGAGUUCGGAGGGAAGAACUAUGAAGCCUCCAUGUCCCAUGUGGACAAGUUCGUCAAGGAGCUGCUGUCCAGCGAGGCCAUGAAGGAGUACAGCCGGGCCCGCGUCUACCUGGACGAGAACUACCGGUCGCAGGAGCUCUUCACGGCCCUAGGAAGCUUCUAUUUUCUUCACGAAUCCUUGAAAAGCAUUUCCCAGUUCGACUUUAAAGCUAAAAAGUAUAAAAAAGUCACCGGCAAAGAGAUCUACUCAGACACGCUGGAGAGCACGCCCAUGCUUGAAAAGGAGAAGUUCCCGCAGGACUACUUCCCCGAGUGCAAAUGGUCGCGGAAGGGCUUCCUGCGGACGCGCUGGUGCCUCGCCGACUGCGCCUUCGACCUGGUGAACAUCCACCUGUUCCACGACGCGUCCAACCUGGUGGCCUGGGAGACGAGCCCCUCGGUGUACUCGGGCGUGCGGCGCAAGGCGCUGCGCUACGUGCUCGACAGAAUCCUCGACCAGCGAUCUGAGAACGUCUCCUACUUUGUCUUCGGCGACUUCAACUUCCGGCUGGACUCCAGGUCGGUGGUGGAGACGCUGUGCGCCAAGGCCACCAUGCAGACCGUCCGGGCCGCCGACACCAACGAGGUGGUGAAGCUGAUAUUCCGGGAGUCGGACAACGACAGGAAGGUGAUGCUGCAGCUGGAGAAGAAGCUCUUCGACUACUUUGACCAGGACGUCUUCCGGGACGACCACGGCGCCGCGCUCCUGGAGUUUGACAAGGAGCUGUCUGUCUUCAAGGACAGGCUGUGUGAACUGGACAUCUGCUUCCCGCCCAGCUACCCCUACAGCGAGGAUGCCCGCCAGGGCCGGCAGUACAUGAACACCCGCUGCCCUGCCUGGUGCGACCGUGUGCUCAUGUCCCCCGCGGCCAAGGAGCUGCUUCUGCGGUCGGAGAGCGAGGAGAAGGUCGUCACCUACGACCACAUCGGGCCGGACGUCUGCAUGGGGGACCACAAGCCCGUGUUCCUGGCCUUCCGACUCGCGCCCGGGGCAGGUAAAGCGCGCGCGCGCGUGCACACGUGCUGUGUGGUGCAGUGACGGCGGGAGGCGGAGCCCGCGGCCCGAGCGG